GUACAUGGGCAUGGGUAACAUACAUUGUCACGGGCGUUUUACUGUCUUUGUGGGAUGAAAGCCCCUCUUUGCAAAGGACGAGAAAGUGGACGAUUGUUCUACGACUGUCAACAAUUUAAGCACGACCGUGGAUGUGGUUUCUUUGUGUGGAAGGAUGCUAUGGAUGCUACACAUGGUCACACAGAGUACCGGAAUUUAAGAGACGACGCAGCUCAUGGUGGUGGUCUGUUUGAGUUACAGAGGGCUAACAAUUCAAUGGGUCAACAAAUUAUUGUGCUUGGAAGAGAUAUUGCUUAUCUUAGGGGAGUAGUCCAAACAGAGGGAAAACAAAACAAAAUGUUAAGGUUGUUUGUUGGUUGACAUUUGAAAGACCCUGCAAAUGAA